UACACAUUUCAAUAGACAUUUUUUAAUCAACGUGAGAAAUUGGUACAGAACUGCCAGUGCAUACAAAUAGGACGCACUUGUUAUACGGACUUAGGAUAUUGGUAGAUCACGACAGCGUAUAGUUUGAGCUUGCAUGAACUUACUGUAGGCUAAUAACUUCUAGUACACAUUAGCUGAUCACAUUUUAAAGUUUUAUUGGACAUAAAUUAUUGGAAAUAGGGGUAGAAUGAACGCGUGUUUGUAAUUAGCCAGAAAUCCGUUAUUUGUACCAAUGGCUGAGAAGAUUGAGGAAGAGAAAGCUCCAAGCGCUUCACAUAACCUAACAUGUCCACUAUGUCUUGGUAUCUUCGAUGAGGCAACCAUCCUGACUUCAUGCGGACACACCUUCUGUCGGAAAUGUCUCAAGAACUAUGACCUGUCCCAUCAGGAUCUCGAUCACAUGACAUGUCCUCUCUGCAGGGAGGUCACCAAGUUGUCUGCGAACCGUGUCGAUGAUUUCCUCACCAAUGUGACUGUCAACGGACUCGUAGACGAUUACAAGGCCAAGUGUGGAGGGGUGAAUGCUGCCCUGGAGGUGCGUCCAAAAUGCACUGCUUGCACGUCCCAUCAAGAUGCUGUCUCAUUCUGCAGAACAUGUAAUAGAUACAUGUGUGAUAAGUGUCUGGAUUGUCAUCAACAUCUUAAAGUCGUUUUUAAAGGACAUGAGAUUGUAUCCAUACAGGAUAUCCUCGACGGGAAGGCCAGCAUUGGUCACCUAUAUGAGAAGUGCUGCAUCCACAAACAAGAGAACAAAGAUAUGUUUUGUGAGGAUUGUAAAGUCCACGUCUGUCACAAGUGCGUGAUAGUCAGUCAUCAAAAUCACAACAUUAAGAAUCAGGCUGACUUCGAGCAAGAGUUACGGCUAAAGGUGAACGAUCUUGUCCAGCGUUGCGCAAGUAAGAAAUCAGAACUGGAGAAGAACAUUCAGAAUGUGGAAGUACAACGAAAUGAAGUAUACACUGCCGUGCAGAAACUACUGGACGAUGUCAAUCAAGCCUACAGCAUCAAGGCCAAAGAGCUUGAAGAAAAUCUUCGAAAUCUCAUCGAGCAGAUCAAUGCAGUAAAGCGGAGUUUCGAUGAUGAUCUCAACGUCUUGAAAUCCAACGAUCGACAAAGGAUCAAGAGUAUUUGCAGUUCAAUAACACUGGUAGCUAAUGACAGACUGGGUCGUCUUGAGACAGACAGUGUGUCUGCUCAUACCUUGCUCUGUGAGGAGCUGGAUGCCAUGCUGAAGGAGGCUACUGAUCACACUUCUGCGGCAGCCAUUGCGAAGAGAGCACAGGAGAAGAGGUUCAAUUCUGCAGAUGUUACUUCUCUUGAACUUGGGAGCAUCUCAGAAUUAGCUCUUAAUCACAGUCCUGCUGCAGCCAUUAACAAGAAAGCACAGGAGAAGAGGUUCAAUUCUGCAGAUGUUACUUCUCUUGAACUUAGGAGCAUCUCAGAAUCAGCUCUUGAUCACACUCCUGCUGCAGCCAUUAGCAAGACAGCACAAGAGAAGACGUUCAAGCAUGAAGGUGAUACUCGUAUUGAACUCGGAAGCAUCUCAGAAUCAGCUACUGACCACACUUCUGCUGCAGCCAUUGGGAUGACAGCACAAGAGAAGAGGUUCAAGCCGGCAGAUGUUUCUUGUCUUGAACUCGGGAGCAUCUCAAACUCGGAUCCCAAGUUGCAAUUAAUGGAGUCUGUAAAUCUACGGGGACGGAUGCGUUGUAUGAGCCCGUUCUCUAAGGACAGUGUAGCUAUCGGAUAUAUGGAUGCACAUGGUAUAGAUAUCAUCGAUUCAACUGGUUAUCAGGAGCAUUAUGCAAACAUAACAAGUAACGUGAAGCGCGUUGAUCUUGUGUUUCAACAAGACGGGUCGGUAUUCGCAUCGACUGGUGAUAACAAAGCAAACAUAUAUGCCCCUAAUGGAUCCAGGAAAUCAAGCAUACACGUGAAAGGCAACGAACUGAAUCUCAAACUAAACAGAAGUCCAGCAGAUGAAAUCCUCAUCGCGAACAGUGAGAAGAAAGUCUAUAUCUUAGACCCGACGGGAUCCACUCUCAAACACACUGUUCCAACAAAACACAAUACAAGCCAGGUAUCUGGUACCAGGUCGGGUUUGAUCGUCACGAGUUCAUGCUCCACCAAACCAAGCGUGGUGACGGUCUAUGACAGGGAUGGGAAUGCUGGUAAGUCUCUACAAGCUGAAUAUAGUCAUCUAUUCCUAUAUGCUGCCGUGGAUGAGCAGGACAGGGUGUAUGUAGUGAGUGUUAAUGAGUCUACCGGUUAUUACGUGGCGAUCAGGCUCUACGACCUUGAUGGGCUGAACCUCAAGGAGAGAGUUGUGUUCAAAUGCCAGGGACUUAAGCUGUCGACUGGUUAUAGUUGGUGUUACUUGGUUUCCCUCUCACCAGACGUGCUCGCGUUUGCGAUUGACAAGAAGUUGUAUUUUAUCAAAGUAUCGCUGUAA